AUGAUGAAGACGAAGAAAGAGGGGGCUUCUGCGAUGAUGCUAGUGCUUUUUGUGUCUUCGAUUUUAACAGGUGCAGUUUAUCGUUUUGCAAAUAGGCAUGAAGAGAAGCUCACCAAUUUAGAGUCAGAGAACAAAGUUCUACGUCAGCAGGCUUUAUCAAUGGCUCAAAGUAAUAAGUUACAAUCAGGACGCUCAAAGUCAAUUAUUCAGAGGGCUGAAAGCACAAAAAAUGCUGUAGAUCUGCAUAGUGCUUCAAUGAGCUCAAGGGAUCACUUGGAGGUAGAAGAGAGACCACAAAAAUCUCUUAAUGAGAAACAGCAGGAGUAUCAGGAUUUGCUCAUCCGAUGCAUUGCACAGCACCUAGGCUUCUCUAGGGGCAGACCGGUUGCUGUCUGCAUCAUAUACAAAUGCCUUAGGCAGUGGAGAUCAUUUGAAGUCGAGAGAACCAGCAUUUUUGAUCGCAUAAUACAAACUAUAGGCCAUGCUAUUGAGAUCCAGGACAACAAUGAAAACUUGGCCUAUUGGCUGUCUAAUGCAUCAACUCUGCUGCUACUGCUGCAACGUACAUUGAAAGCUGGUGGUGCUGCUGGAAUGACUCCCCAACAUCGACGUUCAACAUCAGCUACUCUAUUUGGCAGGAUGACACAGAGUUUUCGUGGUACCCCACAAGGUGCCGAUCUUUCUUUUGUCAAUGGUGAGUCUGCUGGUGGAGUAGAUACCUUACGCCAAGUUGAAGCCAAAUACCCCGCUUUGCUGUUCAAACAACAACUGACAGCAUAUGUGGAGAAAAUAUAUGGGAUGCUCCGUGACAAUCUGAAAAAAGAGAUAUCUCCGCUUCUUGGGUUGUGCAUUCAGGUUCCUCUUGCAUUAGAUUUGGGCUCCAUUGGUGUUACUCCAUUGAUUUUGCAAUGGAUGUGGGCACCAAGAAUUUCAAGAGCUAGCUUAGCUAAGGGGAUAGCACGUACAUUGGCAAAUGCUGCUGCUCAGGAGAUUCUCAUUGCUCAUUGGCAAGGUAUCGUGAAGAGUCUUGGAAAUUUCCUGAGCACGCUGAAAACAAAUCAUGUUCCCCCAUUUUUGAUUCGCAAAGAAUUCACACAAAUAUUUUCUUUCAUCAAUGUGCAAUUAUUCAACAGCCUUCUACUAAGACGAGAAUGCUGCUCAUUUAGUAACGGCGAAUAUGUCAAAGCAGGAUUAGCUGAAUUGGAACAUUGGUGCUACAAGGCAACUGAUGAGUAUGCAGGUUCAGCUUGGGAUGAGCUCAAGCAUAUAAGACAGGCUAUUGGGUUUCUGGUCAUACAUCAAAAGCCGAAGAAGACACUGGAUGAAAUAAGUCAUGACCUGUGCCCAGUGUUAAGCAUUCAACAGCUCUACAGAAUCAGCACAAUGUACUGGGAUGACAAGUAUGGCACACAUAGCCUUUCCCCUGAUGUUAUAUCCAACAUGAGAGUGUUAAUGGCUGAAGAUUCAAAUAAUGCUGUCAGCAGUUCAUUCCUUCUGGAUGAUGAUUCGAGCAUCCCAUUCUCAGUUGAUGACCUAUCCAAAUCAAUGGAUCACAUCGAUAUUUCAGACAUUGAGCCGCCACCUCUUAUUCGGGAAAAUUCUGGCUUUAGUUUCUUACUGCCGCGUGCUGAAUAG